CGAAAAACCAAACAGUAUUACCUGUGCGAGUGUUUGGCAACAGCACCAAAUUUGUGUGGCAAAUCAAUAAACCGUGAGAGCGCUGCGCAAAAGAGAAAACCAAGAAAUCGACCAACGCAUAGGAGAAGAAAAAAAAACAAGUCAUGCCGCACAACAACCAACCUUCUCCCGGGGACGAUCAACUGGGACCGCCCAAGGCAGACUUCAGUGCUCCGCCGCCCUAUGAGGCAACCAGUCAGCAGGUGGUACUGCCACCCCAAAUGCCCGCACUAACUGUGGCCACUCCCGAUCCCGGCCAGAUGCAGAUUCCCAUACAGAUGCAGGUGCAACUGCCGGGCCAGGAGGAGAUGAUGACUGCCCAGCUGCCACAGGAACUGCACGGAAAGUUGCCGACCUACGAGGAGGUGCAGAUGGAAAAGUCACUGAACGGAGAGCUGCCGCCCGCCUUUCUGACGCUGCCAUCGUCCCAGCAGUUGCCGCCGCCGCCGAAUCCGCUGCUGCCGCCCAAUCCGCUGCGCGAUGGGACCGGAGCUGUCCGAUCCGCUCAACCGGCUCUGACCUUUAUCGCUAUCGAUGCCAGUGAUGCCGAAAACAGCCUGUCCACAACAGACAACUUACUCGGAACGGACAUCAUGUUCAUCACAGCUUUCAUUGUGGCUUUUCUGUUCAACUGGAUUGGCUUCCUGAUGCUUACCUGUUUCUGUCACACGAUCGCCGCCAGAUACGGAGCGUUAUCCGGCUUUGGACUGUCGCUGGCCAAGUGGACGUUGAUCGUUAAACACUCGACGGACCUGGCAUCCCACGAGAACUCCUGGCUCUGGUGGCUAAUCUGUGCUUUUGGCUUCCUGAUCAGCAUACGCGCUCUCAUCCAGUACGUGAGCAUCAAGAGGUCGUGGCGUCUUCUCUCGGCCUCCGCCCAGGAGCGGCUGCUCUUCUUCUACUAAACGCACCAGGAGGUGGCUACUCCCAGGAGGCAGCUGCCGUGUAUAUACGUUGUGGAUGGCCACAAAGCUGGAUUCUAACCCGAACCCAUCACCUCAGAUCCCUUAAAUCGGCGCACACUAAAAACCAACCCCAACUCAGUCUGGAGAUCUUAAGACAACACUUAACAGUCCUUAAGAAAAGAAAAAAAAACAAAUAUUCAAAAUUUGAAUAUGUUUCAUUUUAUGUUGAAAUCUUAAAAUUGCAAGAAAUCAUGUUUAUUGUAAGAGAAAAUUUUAUUUGCGCCGUUUUUAAUAGUUUUCCUCCAUUUACAAAAUGCAAAAUAUGUUUAGAAAUUUGUCAAAACUCCGGAAGUAUUGUUCGAAAACCAUGAAGAAUGGACUGUUUAGGGUUUUCUCUAGUUACUAUGUUAAAUAGCGCAACUUAGUCCACAAAUCCAGAUAAAUGUAGCAUAAUGAUCCUUUAUCUAUAUGUGUUGAUUAGUGAGAGGCAACCAGCUCCUUUGUCUGCACCCAGAUCGAUUCUAAAUGUAAAUGUAUGUGAAUGUGUAUGGAUUCCCCCCUUUUUAGGCCAUUCAUUUGGCGCCCCUGCACUUGAAACACAAAGACACAAAACAAUCACCAAAAAAAAAACAUUAAAAAAAAAUAAUUAAAAAAUACGAAAAGUAGAAAAUGAGAAUAUGUCACAAAUCAUAUUUUUUUGUUGAACCUACUUUACGCUGUGGUACUUAAUUAAUUAACUACACAAAAGCCAGCAGUAAUACGAAUGCUAAAUCACAAAAAAAAACCAACUAUUGCUAGUACAUAUGAUUAUUGCCUAUUAUAACGUUUAUGAUUAAUACGUUUAACCCUUGUAUGUAAAUCAAACGAUGCGAAUGCAUUGCAUCUGCAAAGGGCGCAGAGUCGCAAUAGCUGCGCCAGUUUUAUGCAAAUUCAAUAAAAAUCGGAUGAUGUCAUUCAAAAAGGA